CAAAGUCGUAAAGUAGAAGAAGAAGCCAGGAAGCAGCUGCCCAGCCGUUAUCGCCGUUCGUCGGUCCAACCGCUUGCGUUCCCAUAGCCGCAAGACUUUGUUUUGCCGAGUUCUCUGUAGCUUUCGCUUACCAUUGGUAAAGCCAUGGCCACUGAUGACAGUCAAGGCGCAGGAUGCUCUGCAAAUGCCGAAAUCACAGAGAAAGAUGAACAGACGAUGCGGAAAGCAGAACUGGAGGAAGAGGCGAAGUUCAAGUCCAAGUACCCGGCGAACACGAGGCCCGGAGGAUCUCUAUUCCUCCAGAAACGACUGAACAAAGGGCAAAAGUAUUUCGACUCCGGAGACUACAACAUGGCUAAGGCAAAGGGCCAGAAAGUGGUUCCACGGGUGCCCCCUGCCGUCCCCCAGAACCCCACGGGGGAGACCAUCCCCACAGUGGAGUCGCUGCCACCACGCAAGACCUCGCUGGUACAGAGCAAGCUGGCCACGGGGCUUUCUUCCUAGAAGGUGCAAAGUGGGGCUGCCCGCCCUACGGGGCUCUGGGUGACAUGAAACUCCUUUGCUGUUGUUGCCCCCUGAGCACAACACACAGGGGCACUCAGGCGGCUUGCUGUUGCUCACAGCUGGAAGCACAGUGGCCAUUGGAUCUGAACUGGUCAGGUGCUUAUGAGAUCCACCAGUCUACUUUGUGCGAUUUGGCGAGACUGGUCCACCUGCAAGAGCAUCUGGUGUUUUGUGUUCUGUUACAAGUUCAAAGAUGAAUUUACCGGUGCCCCUUUUGUUGUUCAUUUCAGCCGUCAAAUUACGACGGUAUCUUAUGCUUGGGCUUAAUUUACCAACAAUGCAGGUAUCAUCCUGGAUUGAUUUGCCCCCUGUAGUAUUGUCUGUAAAAAUGGUAGUGCGAAAGGCUUGCCUCAUUCAACAGUUGGAGUGGUGCAGCUAAAUCUGCUGAGAAUAUGCGCUUUUAAUGCUUUUACAGCUCUUUUUAAAUAAAACAAUUUUAUGCAAUGACUGGCCUCCAAACAACGUUGGGUGAGAACUACAAAAGACCUGUAAAUAUGUUAGUGCUUGGAGUACGUGUCUAUAUUGUAACAUUUUUUUCCUGUAAUUUCAGUAUAAGUUAUAUUGCAGCCUUGUUGUGCCAUUAACUGCACUAAAACGGUUCAGAAAAUAUUUCAUACGCUACAAAAACUUAAGGUUUGUGCUGCCAAUUGUUCAGUUUUCAUGUACAAGCACAUUGUAAAGCCAUUUGUCAGGACAGUAGCUGAGCAGAAUUUGGCAACUUUCAUAGCCUUGAUUGGUCAUACCUUGUGAACACCGCUUCCUGUGCAUUUCUUAAGCAUGCAGCUUGCUGCUUCAACUGUUAGAGCCAAACACAUGUAAAUAAAAGUCUGUACAAACCUU